AUGGGGUUGGAAGGACGGGGCAAGGUGCAGCCGUUCGCCGUGGCUGCCGAGCACCCAGCACAGCAGGCGAGGUGCAGUGCGUCCGCAGACCUUACCUGGAGCGUUUGCACUCCCAGGGUUAUCAAUGCCGAGAAGUCGGAAUUCAACGAGGACCAGGCGGCCAGCUGUCAGAUCUCCAUCCGGAGGAGAGAGCCAGGCCUGGAGGAGGAUGAGGAAUGGCUGAUCCUGUGCUCCACGCAGUUUCUGACUGGUUACUACUGGGCACUCUUUGAUGGCCACGGUGGCCCAGAAGCUGCCAUCAUCGCCUCCAACUAUUUGCACUACUGCAUCAAGCAGAAGCUGGAGGAGGUUGUGGGAAGCAUCACAGAGGCCCGUCCCCCCAUGCAUCUGAGCGGACGCUGUGUUUGCGACAGCGACCCCCAGUUCGUGGAGGAGAAGCACAUCCACGCCGAAGACCUGGUGGUGGGAGCCCUGGAGAACGCCUUCCAGGAAUGCGAUGAAGUAAUCGGCCAGGAGAUGGAAGCUACGAACCAGACGGGAGGCUGCACUGCUCUGGCUGCCCUUUAUUUCCAGGGAAAGCUGUAUGUGGCUAACGCUGGAGACAGCAGGGCGAUUCUUGUUCUGAAGGACAACGUUGUGCCCAUGAGCUGCGAGUUCACACCCGCGACAGAGAGGCAGCGAAUCCAGCACUUGGCUUUUCUUUUCCCCAAGCUCCUGGAUGGUGAGUUCACGCGCUUCGAGUUUCCACGGAGGUUGAAGGGAGAUGACGUGGGCCAGAAAGUCCUGUACCGGGAUUACUUCAUGGAGGGCUGGGGAUACAAGACGGUGGAGAAAGCCGACCUCAAGUAUCCUCUUGUCCAUGGUCACGGGAAGCAGGCUCGCUUGCUGGGGACUCUGGCUGUCUCUCGAGGUCUGGGGGAUCAUCAACUCAAAGUCAUCGACACCAACAUUGAAGUCAAACCUUUCCUCUCCUGCAUUCCCAAGGUGAAUAUAUUUGACUUUGCUCUGCAUGCCAUUAAGGAAGAUGAUGUCCUCAUCAUGGCAACUGAUGGCCUGUGGGAUGUUCUGUGCAACAAAGAGGUGGCCCAUAUGGUCAGGAGCUUCCUUGCAGAAAACAGGACAGAUCCUCACAGAUUCUCAGAACUGGCCAAGUGCUUGGUAUGCAGAGCAAGGGGAAAGAAGAGAGGCCACCAGUGGAUGCUGGAUGACAGCCACGAGGCAUCCUAUGAUGACAUCUCUGUAUUUGUAAUUCCACUACACAACAGGGAUGAGGACUGA